GACGGAUGGAAAUCGCGAUUCGCGACCGCUGCGUUACGUCUCAAUAUCGCGGUAUUGCACGGGAGGAAUAAAGGAAAGUUUUUCUCGAAACUCAAGUACCCAGUCGUAAGCAACCAGACCAGAGUGUUUAAAGUCGUGAAGCAUUUCGGUUAUUAUCCGCGAUCACGAAAGAACCGUUCCGAAUAUCGAAGUGAAUGGUGCGUUUGGUCAGUCUGAUUGAACAGGUCGACAAACUCGGUGUGCUGCGCUUAGAAGAAAAAGAGGAAAAAAGUGGCAAGCAAUUUACAAACAAGCAAACAUCUGGUUUUUCACAGGAACUGCUAAGGUUCUCUGUGCAGAAUUGAAAUAUAGGCUUUCGUCAUUGGCCGCAAAGCUGAGGCUGAGCCCUCCAUCGUCGAAUUUGUGAGGCGUUUCACUCGUUGAAUAAAUUUGUGUUCCAUGGCAUUCAGUUUGGCAGCCGAAGAGUAGUGAGAGUGACCGAAAUACAAUUAGCCUCUUUAAUGUUAAGUGGUGAAAUUCGGCAGUAGAGUGAUGCGAGUUUGAUAUCACAGGUGGAUAGAUUAGUGCUGUUUAAAUAAUUGAUUGCUGUCCGUCAAUCGAUAAACUUUGCCGUAUUUGGUUUUUGUGUGCAACCGAGACUUUGGUUCUUUGUUGAUUCUCGUACAACACACAAGACAGUAAUUACCUGUUUGCUACCUUACGAGGAGGUAGGUGGCAUGUGUUAAACCCUGCAAGGUGAGAAAGGUAAAGCGGAAAAGUAACGAAAGAUACGCAACCUAUCUCCAACAAGUAGCAGUGGAGGGCCUCGAAUCCUCUCGUGUUGACCAUAAAUGUAUUGCUGCUGUCGCUACUACGGGUCCGGCUCGUCACGAGAGUCGUGAGGGCCUUGAUGAUGAAACCACCGGAGAACGGUGGUGCCAGUGAGACUCAUGUGCAAAUACGGUAAAGAGAAUUGAGGACAGAAUAGCAAAACAGUAUGAGCUUACUGUUUAUGUCGCGUGGAUUGUGGUUGCAGAAAUUUUGCAAAAUCAAAACACCGGUUGUCAGCAAUUAACGCAGUGCUUGUGUUGUGAACUAUGGCAGAAAUUAUUAUCAGGAACUGAACUGUGGCUCCUAUAGAAUAGAACCUCGAGCCUUUAACCUAGAUCUGACGAAAGCGACUCACUCACACCUGCCCGUGCUGUGUGCUGUGUAAUCAUGAAAAAGACUGAUUCAUACCCAUAGACUGUGUAGCCUACGAAGCAGUUUUUGUAUUUUAUUACCAUACACCUCACUUGUUUACUGAGUCAUUGAUCUCAGCGUCUGUGCUCAGAGCGUCCGCGUCUGCUAAAAUUGCGUUGUUUUACGAAAAGCUACAUCAUAACAUUUUGCGUUUGAUUCGAUUCGUUGUAAUACAAAGCAAAAACAACGAUGAUUUCCCACAAGAAGAACUACGUCGAACAGUUGCUGCAUCUGGCGUUGACACUCAGCCUACUGCGUGUCGAUCCGGAAAACUAUCUGGAUCUCCACUGGGAAACUCGCCUGGCCGGAACGGGUGUUGGAGGUUGGCAGCUGGAAUUACGAGCCGCUCCCUUAUCCGAUCAGACCUACGUUAACCGGAAAGCUCUGCCUUCCAUCAUCGAAGAUCUAGCCCGUUUCGAUACGCAGUACAAUGUUCCUUUCAGACACUUCGAUCUGCAGGCUUACCUGCUUAAUAUUCAGAAUUCAAACUCUACCAAUCAAACGGCGUCUACACGUGCCUCGUCGCCAAUUCCGUUGGCUUCAUCGGAGUCAUCGAAUUCAUCCGCCAGCCCCGCAGUAACGGCCGAUCCACUUAUGCUGCCGAGCUUCGAGAAUUUCGACGCCGAGGACAUUUUUCUUAAUUCCGAUCCGUUUGCCUUCGAUAGUAGCUCGAUUCUCGAGCAGAAUAUGGCUGAUUUAAACGAUUUCGGCGAAGCACCAAUCAACAGCUAUGCACUGGAUCAAAUCCCGUUGAAGAACGAGCCACCAACGAUGUUCGAAGAUUUGCUACGUUUACCGUUCGAAAGUUUCGCAUCGGGUGUCAACGACAACCUGGAACUGUCGGACCUAGAGAGUGAGGAAGCUGGCAGUUCGCAUGAGUGCUGUCAGUCUUGCGAUGCUCGCAAGAAGGGACUAGCGACGGUCAAGGUAAAACAAGAACCCCCGGACGACGAAGAUCAAUCGGCUGCUGGUUGUGGAGCGGCCGGUGAAUUGCAGCAGCAGGUGAAGCAGGAACCUCUGGAUGAUCUGCAACCGACGCAGAUCAAACAGGAGGAGGAAACUGAUAGCGAAAGCAGGGACCAGGAUGACCGGAAGAUACCCGUGACGGUGGAAUUGACGCAGGAGGAAAUGGACCUGAUCGAGGUUCUUUGGAAGCAGGACGUGGAUUUAGGAUUUACGCUAGCGACGCCGACCGCUGGAAGCGCCACCUCCAAGAGUGGCGCCGACAGCUCGGACGAUCUGGAGAAGCUCAAGGUGUUGCUGGAGAUCAAGAGCAAUGAAGAUAAGAAAAAAGAUGAUAAGAAAGAAUCAGAUGAAGAUCCAUGGGCCGGACUGUCUUAUACAAUUGAUACUGAGACGGGUGAAUAUGUACUCAACGCCACGGACGUCGACAGCGAGGCCACACUUCCACCACCGCUAGCUGAUUUGUUUCUUGCCGAGGAACUGAACCUACCGGAGCUGAUCAACGAAAACGUUGAGGAAACCAUCGAAGAGCCAGCAAAAAGCAAGCCAAGCACGGCCGAGGAAGACGAGGAGUACGAGGUCAAACGAAUCGAGCGGGAACUAGCAACAUCGGCUGAUGAACUGUGCCAAGGUGCUGCCGCAACCAGUGCCAGGGGUUCUUCUGUGUCUAUUUCUUCUUCCUGUUCUUCUUCUGGCGUCGGCAGCGACAAGAGCAGCUUGAGCGGCGGCGAGUCCCCGAAGCUAGAGCAAGCGGUUGUUGACGAUCCGGAAGCGCUAACCGACGGAUCGGCCGACGCCGAUCUCGAGAAUCUACUGUGCGAUAUGAUGAUCCAAACGUCGUCCGGCCACUUCCAGCAUCCGCGGCAGCCGAUGCAAAACUAUGGCCACGGAAUGCACGGUUCACUGCGGCAGAGUGGUUAUCAUCACCAUCACCACCACCAUCAUCACCAGUCCCGUGUUUCGCUGAACCGCGCCAUUUCGGUGGAACAACGCUGGCAGGAUCUGGCCAACUUGCUUACCUUUCCACCGGGCAUGGGCGUCGGCAUGGGGGUAGCCGAAAUGCCCCCGGCCCAUCCGCAUCCGCACUACCCGCCCCACUAUUCCUAUCAGGCCACCGGUGCCAUUCCACAGCACGGUCAGUACCACCAUACGCAUGCCGCCGUCCUGCAGAAUGCGUCACUGGCGGAUCUUGGUGGACCGACGCAACCACACUACGGACCGAAUCUGGGCUCGGCCGUCGCCACCAGCAUGCAUCUGACCAAUUCGACCUCGGAAACCGAUGCCGGGGCGACCGGGUACAAGAUGGACCACGAGAUGAUGUACUAUUCGAAUGCAUCAUCCGAGAUGAAUCACACCGAUGGCUUUCUCAACUCGAUCCUGGACGAUGAUCUUCAGUUGAUGGACAUCGCUGUAAACGAAGGAAUGUACACCAUGCGCAUGCUGGAGCACAACACCACCAGCAGCAACUCGUCCGUCCUGGGCGGUGGCGGUAGCGGUGGUGCCAUCGGAGGAGGACCUUCCGGUGGUCUCGGCAAUUCGGCCCAUUUGGGUGGCUUGAUGUCGAGUGCUGCAGCAGCUGCUUCGGCUGCUGCCGCUGCAGGUGCCAUGCAGACUUCGCUCAGUGUCGCCGCCAACGGUGGCCACGGCCAUGGUCCCAACGGGGCAGCCGGAGGAACGUCCUCUGGCGAUCGGCUGGAUGCAUCCAGCGACAGUGCCGUUUCAUCGAUGGGUUCCGAGCGUGUUCCGUCACUCUCCGACGGUGAAUGGGGCGACGGGGGCAGCGAUUCUGCCCAAGAAUACCAUAACAAGUACGGAGGACCGUUUGAUUACAGCUACAACGGCAGCAGUCGCCUCGGUGAUGGUCUCCGACAGCCUCCGGUAGCGCAGAAGAAACACCACAUGUUCGGCAAGCGUUUUUUUCAAGAGCAGAAUACCACUAUUCCAGCGCUGGCGCAAUCAAACAAUUCCUCCGCUGGAGCCACCGGAGUUGACCAGCAGACGCAACUGAAUGCCACCAUACCAAUCAAGUACGAAUACGACUAUAUGACUCCAACCUCGCUUAGCCACUUAGAGGGAGCAGUCGGACCGAUAGCAAAACAAGAAGAUCAAACUAGUGCACACAAUCCACUGUCAUCGGUGGAUAUGAAAUAUCCGUACUCGCUGGACUUUUCUCGUCAGAAUCCUUCGCUGGGCUCCGCUGCUCGAAGUCUCCACCACGACGUGAUUCACCAUAAUCACACCUACACGUUACCACACAACAAUGGCGCUAAUCCAAAGCCACAGACCCGCGACAAACGGAUUCGUAGGAGCGAUGAGGAACACCUAACGCGGGACGAAAAGCGAGCCCGUAGCUUGGCGAUUCCGAUUCCGGUACACGAUAUUAUCAACUUGCCGAUGGACGAGUUCAACGAGCGUUUGUCCAAGUACGACCUGAACGAACAGCAACUGUCGCUGAUCCGAGACAUUCGUCGCCGUGGCAAAAACAAGGUAGCCGCUCAAAACUGUCGCAAACGCAAACUGGAUCAAAUCGUAUCGCUGGCCGACGAAGUGAAGGAAAUGAAGAUGCGCAAGGAACGCUUACUGCACGAUCGCGAAACGGUCCUGAGCGAGCGAAAACGGAUACGGGAGAAGUUUGCCGCUCUGCACCGUCACGUAUUUCAGCACCUUCGUGAUGGUGAUGGCAAUCCGUACUCACCGGACCACUACAGCCUACAGCAGAGUGCAGAUGGUUCCGUGGUGCUGGUACCCCGCCGUAUGGAUCGGCAGCAACAGGAACUGGGCGCCAGUAGUAGUCAUCACCAGCAGCAGCAGCAGCAUCAGUUAGCAGGCAUGUCCUCAGCCGCUGCCGCUGCCGUUGGUGGUAAUGGAUUACUGCAUUCUCAUCAUCUGCACCAUCACCAUCAUCAGCAUCAGCCACAUCACGGCAGUGGCAGUGGCCCACAAACCCACGGCAAUGGAACAUCCGCCAGCAAUUCCAGUGCCAACCAUCAACACCGUCCAAAGGAGUGAGACCGGCCGCAACACUAUCACUGCUACUACCAACAGCAGUGUAGGCAUCAUCCACACUAUCACCAUCAUCAGUGGCCGGCGCUGUUUUACUAGAAUCCGUAAUAACAGCAAUGCUAGCGUAUCUGUCCGUAUUCGUACGGAAAUAGAAAAUCCAAUGACGGGAGAGGGCUACUCAGGCAGCAGCACCCGAACACAUACACUUACACGAACACACACACACACGAAAGUACCUCAGGAAUUUAAAGAAACAUUUAGAAUGACCCUCAAAAAAUUUAGAGCAUCAUUGGCCCCUCCCUUGCCUCUUUAAUUUUUUUCCGCGUCGCGUGUGCAAAGUAGAAAGUUACUACCGGAGGAUGAAUGGAGAGAAAUGGUGGACACUAUUCUUGAGGUAGAUCAGCCAAAUUUUCUGUUCAUAGAGCCAUUAGUUCCCUUACGUACGAUAGAGUGGUAGAGUUUGCAAACAGUUCAGGUGCUCUGCGACAGUUUCGAGCCCACGAAGUUUUCGGUGAGCCCAAGUGGUAGGAUUCGUUGCUGAGCGCGCUCAUAUUGAGCGUUUGAAGGCAAAUUGAAUCAGUUCACUGCACGCCCAAAUUAUCACACAAGACACACGCUUACCUAAACACAUUGCUCCAACAAAUAUACACACACAAAAUAGUCCAACGAAACAAUAGCAGAGGAGGGGGCGCACCCGCUUAGAAAUUUCACACACAUUCCGAUUGUUGAAAAUUCUUUUGAUCAUAGUGAUUUAGGGACACGACUUUUUCGUUCGUUUUUUUUUUUUGCUUCUAUUCCUUUUCUCGGUUAAGGUUUGUUGAUUUGUAUGAAGUAAAUGGGAAAUUGGAAAAUCUAGUUGUCUACGUGGGGGUGAAAAGUCAAAAUCGAAAACAUAAAUAUGAUUGUGAACAACCGUCAAACAAUGACGAUGACGACUGACGUCGACGACAACGACUAUGACGAUCAACCGGAAUGUUUACCUACAUGUGUGAAUUGCUUGCAAUAAAACAGAAACAGAUUGUUUUAUUAGGAUUUAAAAAAAAUCAAACUUAUACCACGUCACACACACACAUCUGGAAUAUGAGCGUCCACGUUGGGGGCGCGCUUCAAACAGCGGGACGGGAAUAUCGGUGUCGGUUCGGUGGAGAAAUCUCGCGACCGCCCGCCAGCGGUACUGGAAAGUGUUAAGGAAAGGUACAAAAAGUACGAAAAAAAACUGUUUGUGAUGAAUAUUAUAAUAAUUAUUUAAUAUUAUUUUGUACAUAGGAUGUAAUAAUGUACGUAAGGAAGGAAAAUGAGAUAAAUUUAAAAAAAAAUAUUUUCAGCACUUUGGAUUAAAGGAAGUGGUGGUUGAAUUUAGAAUUUAGUUCCGAAAGCUGAAACUAAUAGCGAGCAGAUACUUUGUAGUAAUGCUUUUCUCCUUAGGACUAAGGCGCGUCAAGCAAACGAACGGAAAAUACCAAGUUUUUUUCCUUGAACGGAAAACGAAUACACAUUGUAAAAGUAAUCGCUUAAAAUUAGAAAUAUUUUGCGUGGUAAGCAUUUAUUCUUCGCGCCGAAGAAGAAGAAGGGUACACUAAUGCAUCGUUGUUCAAUUCAAUUCUAUUCUAUUCUAUUGGUUGGUCUGUUGUGCCUGUGGUUGAACUAAUAAUAAUUUCUUUCGUUGUCCUAUCACCGACGCGGACCGCGACUUAGUGUGAUGGACAAAAUGUAAUGAGCGCCUAUGGCUAGCUUUUGCAGCCCAUUUCGGCUGGUUAGGAAAUGAGAAAAAUACAAAACAAACAAUCGGAAUCAAAUCUAAACCAAGCGAUAAUCGUAAGGCGCAAUAUGAAGAUUGCUAUUGUUGUGUAAAUAUAUAUAUUAU